UAUGUAUUCUUGUUGGGGGAAUUAAUUUGGGGGGUGUUUUAUCGUUUCUCGAUACAAAUAUCUUAUUUUCAGGCCUGCAGCGAGUUCACCACCCACGUCAUGAACCUGCUCAGGGAACAGAGCCGGACGAGACCCAUUUCUCCCAAAGAAAUCGAGCGGAUGGUGAACAUCAUCCACGGCAAAUUCAGCACCAUCCAGAUGCAGCUGAAGCAGAGCACGUGCGAGGCGGUGAUGAUCCUCCGCUCGCGCUUCCUUGAUGCAAGACGUAAGCGGCGUAACUUCAGCAAGCAGGCAACAGAAGUGCUGAAUGAGUAUUUCUAUUCGCACCUGAGCAAUCCUUACCCCAGCGAAGAGGCCAAAGAGGAGUUGGCAAAGAAGGGUGGCAUCACCGUUUCGCAGGUUUCCAACUGGUUUGGUAACAAAAGAAUUCGGUACAAGAAGAACAUGGGGAAGUUCCAAGAAGAAGCCAACAUUUACGCUGCGAAAACGGCAGUGGAUGCAACCAAUGUUGUGGCUCAGGGCAACCGGGCAAACUCCCCAUCGACACCAAAUUCGGCUUCCUCUGGCUCUUUUAAGAUGACCAAUUCCGGAGAUUCGUUCAUAAAUUUGCAGUCGUUGACCUCCUACCAGAGCUCCCCGGUGGGAGGUAAUGUGCAGUCACAGAUGGAUUCCUUGCACCAUGUCAUACACCAGACAGGAAGAUAUGACACCAUUGUGGGGAAUCCUUUGUACACGACGCAGCGCAUCGACGCGAAUGGCAGCUGGCAGGACGCGACCACCCCUUCAUCCAUCACCUCACCCGCCGGAGACCCCGGCAGCGUUAAUUCCGACGCGUCCAAUUAAGUCGUUAGGACCCUACCGAUGAGAGGAAAGAGGUCAUUAGUGUAAUUUGUCAGUGUUGCUCUUUUCGCCGAUACUCUUAACGUGACACACAGCUAAUUACCUCAGCCAAACCCUGGAACCAAUAGAAGAUUGUGACGAUGAUUACGACACCUCUCUACCUCUCAGCUGAGUUCUUUUUACUUAUUAUGGGAUGUGAAAUUGUUCUCGAAGAACUUGCUUCAUUCUUCCUAACCAAAUUUGGGGUUGGUUUUCUUUCUUUCUUUCUUUCUUUCUUUUUUUUUUUUUGGUUGUUGUUUUUGUUUCUAAUAUCAAUUUUAUGGUAAGAAACUCAGUGUCUCUUCUAGAAGAAAAACAGGAAGAAAAAGGACUUAUUUUAAUUUCCACAAAGUUUUUUAUGACGAGAUUUCCGUUUGAGCUGAUAGAUGCUAACGAUUAACCCCUCGUAUUGUAACUGUAGGCGUUUAAACCCUCGCUGUUGUAAUUUUGUAGAGGAAAAUCAGCUUUUCUUACCCACGCUGAGCUCAUUGAGCAGAACGCGGCCUAAACCUCCCCCCCGUCUGUUUUUUGUGCAUUCCCACCGCUGUUAACACAUAAAGCCCUCCUCUUUCAGGCGAGGUUUUAUCAAAGAUAAUAAACUUCCAAAGCCUUUUUUUUUUUUUUCCUUU